AACUGUAUUGUAUAGCCAUUAAGAUUACAUGUGGAAUACAUCCAUGAAUACACAAACGGCUCUCCUUUGGAGUUUUACUUGGAGGGAAUUGCAAUUCCAAAAGCUGAAGUUAUUCAAUUCAAACAAAGACACCUAUUUGGUUCAACUUUAUUUCAUCUUUUAGAACACUCCCCUCCCUCUCUUUCCCCAAUACCAAUAAACAGCUCAUUGGUCCCACACCCUUUAUCAAAAGCUUCUUUAGUUCCCUUUUUUUUUCUUUUUUUUUUACUUGAAUCACCUAAUAAUUCAUAUAAACAAUUUUGUAAAGAUAUCAACUUUCAUCUUCAUCCUUGAUUCUGAGGAUUCUCAUUCAGCCUUGCUCAGAUGCCUCCUCUAUAUCCUCCUCCUCCACCACCACCACCAACACCAACUUUCAUAACUCCAUCAGCAAGUUCGCCAUCCAACACUGCUGCUGAACCAACGACUACACCAUCCCCCGCCUCGGCAGUAGUUGCUCAAGCAUCUACUACUCCUGCUUCAUCUUCAAGAGAUGCAGAGCUGGCUUCCUUGGAUCAAAUAAUUGUACAAAAUCGAGCUACAAAACCACACACGCCGCUGCUGAAUACAAAUCAUACAGACUCGAGUAAGUACAGAAAACCACAAUUACUACAGCAAGCUCGGCCACGCCAAACGAAUCCAAUUAUAUGGUGUUUUGCAUUCCUGUGUUUACUUUUUAGUCUUCUUCUCAUCUUCCUUGGAAUUGCAACUUUGAUCAUUUUCCUGGUUGUUAGACCAAGAAAUCCUUUGUUUGACAUACCAAAUGCAAGCCUCAGCACCAUCUACUUUGAUGCACCUGAAUAUCUCAAUGGAGACUUCACCGUUCUCAUAAAUUUCACCAACCCGAACCAUAGAGUCGAUCUGAGGUACGAGAAUGCUGACAUAGAGCUGUUUUUUGGGGAUAGACUCAUAGCAACUCAAGCAAUCCAACCUUUCAGUCAAAGAAAAAAGGAAGUCAGGUUACAACCUGUUCACUUGAUAUCCAGUCUAGUUUUCUUGCCACAAAAUUUCGGGUUGGUACUUCGACGACAGGUACAGAACAACAAAGUUGUCUAUAACAUCAGAGGAACUUUUAGGGUCAAAGCUUCACUGGGUAUUAUUCAUUACUCUUACUGGUUGCACAGCCGAUGCCAGUUGGUGAUGACUAGUCCACCAACUGGUGUUCUAGUUGCUCGGAGUUGCAAGAUCAAGAGGUGAAGAAGCAGAAAUAUAUAUACACACGACUAUAUAUAUUGUACACCUGCUAUAUUAUCUCUGUAUGCAUUGUCCAAAUCACAGUUAUGCAUAUAAGUCUGAACAGAUCUGAAAUAUCAGUUAAACAACAUUCAUCUUGUUUGACAUGGUUUACACCAUUUUUUUUUCACUUCUACAAUCUGAAACUUAAUGCAAGGAAAUUAUUGGGUCAAAAA